CGAUCAUUUCCGCUUUCGGACCUGCUCCCGUUUCUUAGGCCCAGAAAUCCAAGAUGGCGGCUACUGAGUCGGAAGAGGUUCCGUCCAUCCCGAAGUUUUUAAUGGACUGUUCGGCGAAAGACAUCGCCUUGAACUGGCUUCAAGCAGCAGAUUUGACCAGGGAUGUGUACCAGCACCUUGCCUAUUAUGUACCAAAGAUUUACUGCAGAGGUUCUAAUCCUAAUCCACUUAAUGAAGAAAUGUUAGCACAGCACAUUCUGUUGGGGCCAAUGGAAUGGUACCUGUGUGGAGAGGAUCCUGCUGUAGGAACAACUAAACUUGAAAAGGCAAACAAGUCAUCUCAGCUCUGUGGGCGUGUUUUCAAAAUUGGAGAGCCUACCUACUCUUGCAGGGAUUGUGCAGUAGAUCCAACCUGUGUGCUUUGCAUGGAAUGCUUCUUGGCCAGUGUACACAGAGCGCAUCGAUAUAGGAUGACUACUUCAGGUGGAGGGGGUUUCUGUGAUUGUGGAGACACAGAAGCUUGGAAACAAGGCCCAUAUUGUCUGAAACAUAAACCUACUGUCUCAGGAGCAAUGGAGGAGGAUCCACUGGCACAUUUAUCUGAGGAUAUGGUUGGACGUGCCUAUAACAUUUUUGCAAUUGCAUUCAAAUAUGCUGUAGAUAUGCUGACGUGGGUGGAGGAAGAUAGACUACCUUCUGGUUUAGAACCUCCGGAAAAGGAAGAUACUUACUAUUGUAUGUUAUUUAAUGAUGAAGUCCAUACUUACGAACAAGUGAUUUACACCUUGCAGAAGGCUGUGAACUGUACACAGAAGGAAGCUGUCAGCUUUGCGACCACUGUGGAUAGAGAUGGUCGUAGAUCAGUGCGAUAUGGUGACUUCCAGUUUUGUGAGCAGGCAAAAACAGUAAUAGUGAGGAAUACUAGUCGACAAACAAAGCCGCUAAAAGUUCAAGUAAUGCAUUCAUCUGUCGUUGCACAUCAGAACUUUGCCAUAAAACUAUUAAUUUGGCUGAGUCAAGUGAUUGGUUACUCAGGUGGAUUGAGGCGAAUAUUGUGUGAAGUAGGAUUACAACAAAGAACAGAUGAAGACAGUUCUUCCCUUAUUGAUAAAUUGAUGCUCUGUGACUCGAAACUAUGGAAAGGAGCGCGAAACAUCUAUCACCAGCUGUUUAUGAGCAGCCUCCUGAUGGAUCUGAAAAGCAAAAAGCUAUUUGCAGUUCGAUUUGCAAAAAAUUACCCGCAGUUGCAGAGAGAUUUUAUGGAGGAUGAUCACGAGCGGGUAGUGUCAGUGACUGCUCUGUCUGUCCAGCUCUUCACUGUCCCAACUUUGGCUCGCAUGCUGAUAACUGAAGAAAACCUCAUGACAACCAUAAUUCAAACUUUCAUGGAUCAUCUGAUGAGACAGCGGGAUUCUCAUGGCAGGUUUCAGUUUGAAAGGUAUACAGGCACACAGGCCGCCAAAUUCCGGAGGGUGCAAAGCCUCAUUGGUGAUCUAAAGUAUGUAUUGGUUAGCAAACCCUCAGAGUGGACAGACAAACUAAGGGAGAAAUUUCUGGAGGGCUUUGAGGUCUUCUUGCAGUUAUUAAAACGCAUGCAGGGAAUGGAUCCAGUAACAAGACAAGUAGGUCAGCACAUAGAGAUGGAACCAGAGUGGGAGGCAGCAUUUACCUUACAGAUGAAGCUCACACAUAUAAUUUCAAUGAUCCAAGAAUGGUGUGCUUCAGAUGAAAGGGUUCUAAUUGAAGCCUACAGGAAGUGUUUGAUUGUUUUAUUGCAGUGUCAUAGUGGGCCAUGUGAUGGAGAGCACCCUAUCACUUUGAGCAUGUGUGGACAUACAUUGGAAAGUGUACAGUAUCGCGUAUCUCAGCAUCAAGUUAGCAUCCAUUUGCCAGUUUCACGUUUGUUUUCAGGUCUACAUGUACUUUUAAGCAAAACUGAAGUGGCUUACAGGUUUCCAGAGUUAUUGCCCCUGAGUGAAUUGAGCCCACCAUUGUUAAUAGAGCAUCCUCUUCACUGCAUGGUGCUGUGUGCCCAAGUCCAUGCUGGAAUGUGGAGGAGAAAUGGAUUUUCCUUAGUUAAUCAGAUCUAUUAUUACCACAAUGUGAAAUGCAGAGUUGAAAUGUAUGAUAAAGACUUAAUAAUGCUCCAGGCGGGAGCUUCAAUGAUGGAUCCAAACCAUUUUCUCAUGAUUAUGCUUUGUCGAUUCGAGUUGUACCACAUAUUUAAUAGCCCUGACUAUGGCAAGCGGUUUAAUUCUGAACACACCAACAAGGAUGUUCUACAACAAAACAAUACUCUAAUAGAGGAAAUGCUUCACCUGAUCAUGAUGGUCGUUGGAGAGAGAUAUACUGCUGGAGUGGGUCAUGUAUCUGCUGAAGAUGAACUCAAACGUGAAAUUGUUCAUCAGCUAUGUAUAAGACCAAUGGCACACAGUGAGCUGGUUAAAGCAUUGCCUGAAGAUGAGAACAAAGAGACUGGAAUGGAAAAGGUUAUUGAAUCUGUAGCUUCUUUCAAGAAACCAGGUUUAACAGGAAGAGGGCUUUAUGAACUAAAACCUGAAUGCAUCAAGGAAUUUAAUGUUUUCUUCUACCAUUAUUCUAGGGCUGAUCAAUCGAAGGCUGAAGAAGCCCAAAGAAAGUUAAGGAAGCAGAAUGGAGAAGACACCGCUCUUCCACCCCCUGUCCUUCCACAUUUUUGCCCACUGUUUGCCAGCCUGGUAAACAUCCUUCAGUCAGAUGUUUAUGUGUAUAUCUUGAGAACAGUGUUGCAGUGGGUUGUGGAACCAAAUGGACAUGCUUGGACUGAGAGUAUGUUACAAAGGGUUUUGCACUUGAUCGGAAUGGCUUUACAAGAAGAGAAACAGCAAAUAGAAAGUGCAAGUGCAGACAGUGAUUUUACUUUUAACUUCACAUCAAAAAUUUCACGUCCUGGCGAGGCUCCAGAAAACACGCCUAGUAUUUUGGCAAUGCUAGAAACCUUGCAAAAUUCUCCCCAUUUGGAAGUUUAUAAAGACAUGAUCAAAUGGAUACUUAAGCUUUUUGGAGUUGUUAAAAAGCUGAGAGAACGGAGUAAUUCGGCCCCUACUGUAGAAACAGAAGGCCAUGGCGUGGAGGAGUGCCUACGAGAUAAAGAUAAAGCAGAUCGGAAACGGAAAGCUGAAAUUGCCCGGCUGCGAAGAGAGAAGAUAUUGGCCCAGAUGUCUGAAAUGCAGAGGCAUUUUAUAGAUGAAAAUAGGGAGUUAUUUCAGCAGACAUUAGAAGAACUAGAAGCAUCAUCUUCCACAGCACCUGACAACAGGCCUGUAAUUCCUGAUGCAGCAUUGAUUGCUUUAGGUCCCAAACAAACAAGAGUUUUUGAGAAGAAGCAAGUUGUUAUGUGCAUUUUGUGCCAGGAGGAACAGGAGAUUAGAAUGAACAACAAAGCAAUGGUCUUGGCAUCAUUUGUUCAAAGGUCAACAGUUUUGUCCAAAAACAGAACACGAACCAUUCAGGAUCCAGAAAACUAUGACCCAUUGUUCAUGCAACCAGAUUUGGCCUGUGGCACUCAUAUAGGUAGCUGUGGACAUAUCAUGCACGCCCACUGUUGGCAGAGUUACUUUGAUGCAGUUCAAGCAAAAGAGCAGCGGAGGCAGCAAAGAUUAAGGGUGCACACAAGCUAUGAUGUGGAGAAUGGAGAAUUUCUUUGUCCGCUAUGUGAAUGUUUGAGCAACACUGUUAUUCCUUUACUUCCUUCACCUAGGAGUCCACUGAACAGUGACAAUUCAAAAAACUAUACAGGCUCUCCUACUUUAUCCCAUUGGCUGAAGUAUACAUUGCAGCAGUUAAAUGUCCUGAAGAAAAUCCAGGAAAAGCAAACUGUACCUGAUAACCUCUCCAAUGCUAAUCUAGAAGGAAUGGAAGUCCCUGAGGGAUUUCAACCUGAUGUAAAACCAAAGAAUCCUUACUCCGAUAGCAUCAAGGAGAUGCUUACAACCUUGGCUACAGCAACAUACAAAGUGGGUCUCAAGGUUCAUCCCAAUGAGCAGGACCCACGGGUGCCUAUAAUGUGCCGGGGGAGCUGUGCAUACACAAUACAAGCAAUAGAACGUUUCCUGGCAGAUGAAGAAAAGCCACUGUUUGGUCACCUGCCAUGCAGGCAGGAUGAUUGUCUAAAGGCAUUAACCCGAUUUGCUGCGUCACAGUGGACUGUGAGUUCUCUGUCUGUGGUUCAGAAACAGUAUGCUCGACUUUUAUCAGUUCUGAUACCUGAUGAUGAUAAAACUCAGAUUCCUCCAUCCAUUCUUGAUGUUGACAUGUUCCAUUUAUUGGUGAGCCUCGUGCUUUCUAUCCCAGCUCUGCAUUGUCAUGAUUUCACUGGGGUUAGUUUAGCUGUUGGACACUUUCAUCUCUUCCAGCUGGUUACCAUGGCACACAUUGUACAAAUAUUGCUUACGUCUUCAACUGAGGAAAAUAGUAUGGACCAGGAGAGUGCUGAUGGGGCUGAAGAGGCUGCUGCCUUAACAGUGUACGACAAACUCAGGCAAUACUCAGGAAGUGCCUUGAAUUCAAUGUCUUCAGGGUGGCACCUGUGGCAAUAUAUCAAGACUGGAAUAAUGCCCUAUCUACGAUGCUCUGCUUUGUUCUUUCACUAUCUCAAUAGUGUACCAGUACCAAUUGAACUACAAGAAAAUGGAGCAUGCCACUUUGAACUGUUGUGCCGCUAUCUUCACCUACCAGAGAACCUAAUGAGUCUUUUCCAAACUGAAAACGAUACAAUUGAGCCAUUGAUGCAAAGAUGGUGUGGAAGUGCAGAAGUGCAGAGCUUUGUGAAGGGGGAGAGAACAGCUAUUAGCUAUCCGAGGGAGUCAAACAAAUUGAUAGAACUUCCUGAUGAUUACAGUUGCCUCAUAAACCGGGCAUCUUGUUUUACAUGUCCAAAAUCAGGUGGGGAUAAAAGUCGAGCACCAACUCUCUGCUUGGUGUGUGGGGGCAUGCUGUGUUCUCAGAGCUACUGCUGUCAGGCAGAGCUGGAAGGAGAAGACGUUGGGGCUUGCACUGCUCAUACCUAUACUUGUGGGUGUGGAGUUGGAAUUUUCCUGCGAGUUCGAGAAAGUCAGGUGUUGUUCCUGGCUGGAAAGACAAAAGGAUGCUUUUAUCCACCACCCUACCUUGAUGAUUAUGGAGAGACAGAUCAGGGACUGAGACGAGGGAACCCCCUUCAUCUCUGCAAAGAACGAUACAGGAAGCUGCAGAAACUGUGGCAACAACAUAGCAUCACAGAAGAGAUUGGCCAUGCGCAAGAAGCAAAUCAGACGCUAGUUGGCAUCGACUGGCAGCACUUGUGAUUAAUUUCUCAUAGAACUGUAGACAUUCACCUCAUCCUGAAGCAAAAAAUAUCCUCUUGAGAGAAGUCAGAGGAUCAGGUUAAAUGAAAUACACCUCAGGCUACCUAUUUUGGAACACUUGCUCCUGAAUUACAGUAAUUUAAAAAGAAAGGUUACACAACUGUUCACCUGUCAUUAAGAAAAUGUGGAUUGCAUGUGAAGUGCAUAUUUUAAAGAGAUGUUAUUCACUUUAUUUGCACUUGAAAUCUUCUCCACUAAGAUGGAACAUUUUGGGAUAAUAAAGCCCACAUCUUCAAAGUA